AUGAGAACAGAGACAAAGCUCAUCUCAUUGGGUUUGAGCCGUGACCCUUUCUAUCCCUCAUUCUAUUUUCUGGUUCUCCAAGAUCCCAUUCUUACCACACAUAUAAUAAUAGCCUUCAAAUCAAAUCCAGCCGUUGGAUAUCAGCACUGCAUUUACAUUACAUGCUCCGCUUUGUUCUUUCCUCUGUUCUUCUUCAUGGCUGCAACUACAACAAUUUAUCUUCAAGAUCACAACAACGAAACCAACAAUGGCAACAACGCUGAAAUAACAAGGGAGGAAAUUCAGACCGCCAUAUCCAAAGCGGUGGAACUAAGGGCCCUUCAUGCUGCAUUAACACAAGGAAGUAGCCCAGGCACAACCCAUGCUAGAUUCCCAUCCCCUUCCCCUGCUUCACGCUCCGCUUCUCACUUCUCUGCUCAAGAUUACCCUGUUUUCACACCAAGUUAUGAAGACGAGCCACAUCAAAACCCAACAAGGAGCAGAACUGUAUCAGAAAGCUGGGAUGAGAACAUGGUAGAAGGAGGGAACAGCAUAGAAAUCAUGGUCCCAGGUUACAAGGAGAAAUCAGGUUCAAGAAAGGGACUACCUUUUGGUUUUGCCAACCAUGACUCUCACACAUGUCCUGCUGAUGAUACCAAAUCUGUGACUGGUUCUACUGCAAAUCACAUUACGGUUCUUCAAACUUCACCUGCAAAUGACUACUUCAAAUCUAGGAGGAGAAGCAGUUUAGGGGACUUGAAGCCCUUAUCUUCUUGCAAUAGAUGUAAGCCUGCUGUCAUAACUAGUGAAUAUGAGAGCACCAGGAACCACAAAAGUUCCAAUAUUGUUGUUCCCCUCACAGAUUCUCAUGCUUCUUUUCAAACCCAACCAAAAAGUAAAGGGGUGAUUUCAUGGCUGUUCCCUCGGUUCAAGAAGAAGCAUAGGAGUGUGAGUUCUCCAAACAGGACAGAAUCUGAGGAAGUUUCUCAGGUUCUUAAGGACAUGGGAAUAAUGUCCAUUGAGUCAUUGAAGAGGGAGUUGAUGGAAGCACAUGAGAGUAGAGAUGCUGCAUUGAUGGAAGUUUCUGAGAUGAGAUCUUCAUUGGGGGAGCUGAAACACAAGCUGGAGUACUUGGAGAGUUACUGUGAAGAGUUGAAGAAAGUUUUGAGGCAAACAAUGCAUACAAAAGAAACCACAUUUUCUGAAAAGCUAAAUAACCAUCCUCAAAGAGGAAUACCCUUUGAUGGGAAUGGAGAAAAUUUGAUGCCUGUGGCUGAGGAGGUUAUGGUAGAAGGCUUCUUGCAGAUAGUGUCAGAGUCAAGGUUAUCAGUGAAGCAAUUCUGCAAGACCCUUAUAUGCCAGAUUGAAGAAACGGAUCAUUCUUUGAUGGACAACUUGAACUUGCUCCUUCAACCAUAUAGGCUUUCCUUGAAUUCCAAAUACUCUAAGGCAGUUUUAUACCAUUUUGAAGCUUUCAUAAACCAAUCUUUCUUUCAAGACUUUGAGAACAUUGUGUUCCAAAAGAAUGGUUGCACAAAGUUCUUAGACCCAAGACAAGAUCGCCAGGCACAAUUCUCAUCAUUUGUUGCACUAAGGAAUUUGAGCUGGAAUGAGGUACUAAGAAAGGGUACAAAGUACUACAGUGAGGAAUUCAGCAAGUUCUGUGACCAAAAAAUGAGUUGCAUCAUCACUACACUCAGUUGGACUAGGCCUUGGCCUGAGCAACUACUUCAAGCUUUCUUUGUGGCAGCAAAGUGCAUAUGGUUGCUACAUUUGUUGGCCUUUUCUUUCAACCCACCAUUGGGAAUUCUAAGGGUUGAAGAGAAUAGAAGCUUUGAUCCUCACUACAUGGAAGAUUUGGUCACGGAUAGGCAAAGAUCACAAGGUCCAAGCCGGGUCAAGAUCGUGGUGGUGCCAGGGUUUUAUGUUCAGGAUAGGAUCUUGAGGUGUAGAGUUAUUUGCAGGCACAAAUCUGCACCCUAAAGUAAAAUGGAAUUU